AUGAGGACGAUUGCUUCGAUCGCGGGCGUUGCGGCGCUGCUCCCUCGUGCCGCCAUGGCCGACGAGACGGUGUGGUCUUCUGUCGCAUACAUCAUGUACGGCGACCGCUUGCCAUUACAAGGCAAUCCCUAUCCUGCCCUCACACCGCUUGGGGCGAACCAGCUCUACUCGCAAGGCUCCAUUUUCCGUGCCCGUUACAUCGACAACUCGACCGUUGGGAAUGACACGGCCGCGGUCACGGACUACCUGCCCAUCGUGGACAUCGAGCCCAAGGCAAUUGACAAUACGCAGCUCUCGAUCCUCAGUACGAACGAGCAGUAUGUGAUCAGCGGCGCCCUGGCUUUCAUGCAGGGUUUAUACCCUCCCAAGAAUCAGUCCUUUGCGGCGGGUGCUGGUGGGAUCGGGGCCGCUCAACUUGCGAACGCUUCGACCGCUCUUGACUUCCCUCUGGACGGAUACCAAUAUCCCAGAGUGCAGAGUUUCUCGGUGCAGGAUCCCAGCUCCACGUGGAUCGAGGGCAAUGCGCCAUGCUCCCAGUACCUCGAGUCUGUGUUCGGGAUGCCCCACGAAGCGGCCAUCCAACAGACCUACCAAGACAGCCUCGACUUCUACCAGACGCUCUGGAACCGCUUCUUCAAGGUCGCCUUCCCCAGCUCCAUGGCGAACUACUACUACGCCUACGAGCUGUACGACUACGCCCUCUACCACUUCAACCAUGACUCGCACGUCCCGAGGACGAUCGACACGGCCACGCUGGCCCAGCUGCAGAACUACGCGUACAUGCAGCAGAUCGCCAAGAACGGCAACCUGACGGUCUCGGGCGGGGCCGCCAACGACAUGAUCCGCGCCGUCGCGGGCCGCAUGCUCGCGGGCAAGGUCGUCGCGCAGCUGCAGGGCGCCCUGGCCUCGGGCGCGGCGUCGGGCAAGCUCAACCUCAUGUUCGGCUCCUUCGAGACCUUCCUCUCCUUCUUCGCCCUCGCGGGCCUGGCGGAGGGCCCCUCGGGCGCCGUCUUCCGGUCGCUGCCGCGCCAGGGCGCCGCCAUGGUCUUCGAGCUGUACUCCACGAGCGGCAACAGGACGGCGCCGCCCCCGGCCGACCCCGACGACAGCAGCCUGCACGUGCGCUUCCUCUACCGGCCCAGCGCCGACGAGGGCGAGGCCUUCGCGGCGCACCCGAUCUUCGGCAACGGCAACAUGCAGACGAGCAUGCGGCUGAGGGACUUUGUCGCCGCCAUGGGCGCCGUCUCCAUCGGCUCGGUCGCCGAGUGGUGCGGCGUCUGCGGCAGCGUCAACAUCUUCUGCAGCGGCCUGGUGCCGUCGCAGGGCGGCGGCGGCGGGUCCUCCUCCCCCUUCGGCCUCUCCGGCGCGGUCGGCCCCGUCAUGGCGGGCGUCAUCGGCGCGCUGGUGGCGCUGGCUGUCGUCGGGCUCGCCGCGAUGGGGGCCUUCUUCGUGGGCCGCGUCAGGUGCUACCGUGCCCGUCCGCAGCAGCAGCAGCAGCAGCAGCAGCAGCCGCAAGGGCGACCAACGCAGAGCGGCGGGAAGAACCUCGGCGGGUUCAAGGGCCCGGAGAAGAACGCGAGCGACGUGGAUGUUGCCGUGUCUAGGAGCGGGGUCCGCCACGAGCGGAUGGGCAGCUGGGAGCUGCGGAGCGGCAGUGAGAUUCCGGGCGGUGCUGCUCCUCGUGUCGGGGCUGCAGGUGCAGGUGCGGCUGUGGGCGCCUCUUCUUUGGAGAGGGGUGUUACAGAGGUCAAUUACAGGCACGAGGAUGAUGAUGACGAUGCCAUGAGUGAGUUGCACAUGGCGCCUGUGAAGCCGAGGGAGACUGUUUGA